AUGACUGGGGAUCCACGGAAAGCAUUCACAGAAGAUCUUAUCAGACGGAAUGCAGAACAUAAUGACUGUGUAAUUUUUUCCCUGGAGAAACUCUCCUUGCAUCAGCAAGAAAUAGAGAGACUGGAACAUAUUGACAAAUGGUGCCGGGAUUUAAAAAUCCUCUAUCUUCAAAAUAAUCUCAUUGGAGAAAUUGAAAAUGUUAGCAAACUCAAGAAACUUGAAUAUUUGAAUUUAGCUUUAAACAACAUUGAAAAAAUUGAAAACUUGGAAGGAUGUGAAGAGCUGACAAAACUUGACUUGACCGUCAAUUUCAUUGGCGAGCUGAGCAGCAUUGAAACCCUCCAGCACAACGUCCACCUAAAGGAGCUGUUCCUCAUGGGCAACCCGUAUGCUGACUUUGAUGGCUACCGGCAGUUCGUGGUGGCCACCCUUCAGCAGUUAAAGUGGUUGGACGGUAAAGAAAUAGAGCGUUCAGAAAGGAUUCAGGCACUGAAGAAUUUUCCAGUAAUUGAACAACAAAUCAAAGAGCAGGAGAAAGCCUACUGCCUCAAACGCACCAAAGACAAGGAAGAGGCUCAGAGGAAACUGCAAGAGGAGGAUAAAAAUGAAGACAAGAAGGAGAGAAGCCAUCCAGACUUUGAGGGACACUGGUACCCAGACAUCAAUGCUUCUCAUCCACUGUCUAUAGAGAGUAAAGACCACCUCCAGGCACCAGAAAUGCAAGAAGAGGAAUGCAGCAAAAAGGAAUUAGAGGUCAGCAAAGAUGACCUGGAAUUCUGGAAUAAGCCCUCUCUGUUUACUCCUGAAUCUAGAUUGGAAACUCUAAGACACAUGGAAAAACAACGGAAAGCCCAAGAAAAAACCAGUGAAAGAAAGAAGAAAGUGAAAUCACCCAGGAUUUUGGUCACCAAAGAUGGGAAAGCUCUGAAUCUAAACGUGCCCAAACUUGACUUCUCUUUGAAAGAUGAUGAAAAACGUAACCAGAUCAUCCUGGACCUUGCUGUCUACAGGUAUAUGGAUACAUCUUUAAUUGAUGUAGAUGUGCAGCCGACUUACGGGAGAGUAAUGGUCAAAGGGAAGCCAUUUCAGCUGGUUCUUCCUGCAGAAGUCAAGCCUGACAGCAGCUCUGCUAAAAGAUCUCAGACAACAGGGCAUUUGGUGAUCCACAUGCCCAGGGUAGACCAAGUAAUCACAGGUUGUGGACGAUCAUCAAAGCCUGUGAAAAGUACCUUGGACAGCAGCCAAGGGCACAAAAGCAAAAGAAGCAAGCAAAUUGAGAAGCUAGAAGUGGAUCCUAGCAAGCACUCCUUCCCCGAUGUGGCUAACAUAGUUCAAGAGAAGAAACACAUGCCCAGAAGAAUUCGGUCUGAACCCAAAAUGAUACCAAGUGAGGAAGAUCCCGACUUUGAAGAUAAUCCUGAAGUGCCCCCAUUGAUUUGAACCGUCAGGCUGCGUUGGCUGUGACCUUCCAGACCCAGUUUUGCUUAGUGUGGACAGCAUGCAUAUCAUUUAUGGGGUAAACACAAAGUUAUCUUUCAACAUCACUACUCCAGUGUUUUAACUCCUACCUUGUAUAUCUAUACUCUUAAACUAGUUUAAAAUUAAAA